UCUCGAGCGCCAUUAUUAAUUACAAGGUUUACGUUUCGGGGUGACAUUUUGUCCCACUCUCUUCAACUUUUGUUUUCUCUUCAUGUUUUUAAUUUCCUUCAUUUUGUGACGUUUUGCGUUACUUGCCAUUUCUUCCGCGGACUAUCUGUCUUAUAUUUAUUAAAACUUUUUGCCAAGCUAAAUUUAAAAGGGGGGAUUUUUAAAACUUUAGUUUCUUUUUUUAGCCUUUUUUGAAGAGAUGAAUCACUUAUGAAAUGAAUCAUUCCAAUCUAAUAAAUUUGGAUCCGGUGGAUUCGCAAGCUCAAUGGUUCCACAAGUCCUUGUCUCGUGAAGAAACUGAAAAGCGUUUGCGUCCAUGUUCAAACGGCACUUUUUUGAUCAGGCGAUCUGAAAAUUAUCCAGGCGAUUUCACCCUUUGUGUAGCUCACAAUUACAAAGUUGAACACUACAGAUUAUUCGAAUCCUUAACACAACUUGUUGCUCAUUAUAAAAGAGAUGCCGAUGGCCUUUGUCACAGACUUAUUUCUCCCUUACUUUGUGAAUCUUCAAAACAUGUUUAUGAACCCAGAUUUUUUGAAGAACGCCGGGCAGAAUUUGCUAGAGCUGGAGUUUUACUUUCUAUAAAUGAAUUACGUCUUGGAUCGGUUAUUGGGCAUGGAGAAUUUGGAGAUGUCCUUUCCGGAACAUACAGAGGCCGUAAAAUUGCCGUAAAAACAUUAAAAGAUGGAAUGGGUUAUGAAUUAUUAAUUGAAGCACGGUUUAUGAUAGGUUUGGAUCACAACAAAUUGGUUGCAUUAAUUGGUGUUGUAAUGGUAGAAGAUACAAAAGAAGUGUUUAUGUUAACCGAAUUUAUGGCAAAUGGAAAUUUGGUUGAUUUUCUUCGUUCAAGAGGAAGGCAACAAGUGGAAAGGGAACAACUUUUACAUUUUGCAAUAGACGUAGCCGAAGGAAUGGCAUAUAUAGAGGCUAGACGUUUUGUCCACAGAGAUUUGGCAGCACGUAAUAUUCUAUUGGAUGAUCGUCUAAUUGCAAAAAUAAGCGAUUUUGGACUUGCUCAGGCUGCACAAGAACCUGCAAAAGAUUCGGCAAAAGGAAAAUUUCCAAUAAAAUGGAGCGCUCCUGAAGCUUUGAGGCAUAAUCUUUUCACAAACAAAAGUGAUGUUUGGUCUUUUGGUAUUUUACUUUGGGAAGUUUAUUCGUUUGGCCGUGUUCCUUAUCCCAGAAUUCCAAUUCAAGACGUAUUAAGACUAGUAGAAAAGGGCUACAAACUUGAACCUCCAGAAGGCACCCCAGCAUUUGUUGUGGAUUUGAUGCGUGAUUGUUGGCUUUUGUCUCCAACAGCUAGACCUACGUUUGCAGAAAUUUUAAAUAUUUUAACGGAAGAAUGUGACAUUGGUGGGGAAAAUGGGGGACCUUAA